AUGAACUUCGAAGCAUUUGAUGUAACACGAAUAUCAUUGAAAAGUAAGCAACAAACAGUAAACAUACUUAAAAUGAACCCUCCAACCUUUAACUCCAACACUUUGGAUUAUUGGCAACAUGUGAAGAGCUCUCGAGCAGAAAAAAAUGAAAAUCAAAACAUAUUCGAUUGUUGUCAAGAUUUGAAGGCUUUUGAGGGGCGCUUGUAA